CAUUCUCUCCAUUAUCUACUGUCUUCUAUACAGCUUCAGUUACAGCAAACGCCCUUACUGAAUAAUAGAUUCGUUGUGCGGCGCCAGCUGUAAUUGGCUGUUGAGUAAUUAGUUCCUCGCAUCUUCCUCUACUAACAUAACAGCACGAGUCCUGACAGAUUGACACCAAGCACUCGUCUUCGUGCUUUAAACAUCCCACCCCUCGUACAUUCUCUCUCCACGCUAUUAAGCCUAUUUCUCAAUUGCGCUCGAGUUGACCAAUCCACCCCUCGCAAUUCCCACAAAAUCACCAUCAUCUCCAGCAAACCCACGGAGAAGAUAGAAGACAGCAAAUCAGUAUCUAAAAAGAAGAAGAAGAAGAAGAACCUGAUUAGGACAGACAAUGCACGCCAAGACAGACUCAGAGGUCACUAGUCUAGCACCAUCAUCCCCCACAAGAUCUCCUCGCCGGCCAGUCUACUACGUACAGAGCCCAUCACGUGACUCUCACGAUGGAGAGAAAACCACGACGUCGUUUCACUCCACUCCUGUACUCAGUCCCAUGGGGUCCCCACCUCACUCUCACUCCUCUGUUGGCCGCCACUCGCGCGAGUCCUCCUCAAGCCGGUUUUCCGGGUCGCUGAAACCUGGAUCGCGCAAGAUCUCACCAAAUGAUGCGUCUAGAGGGGGUCAAGGGAAGGGACAAAAGCAGUGGAAAGAGCGUCGAAAGGGUCUCCCUCGUAGAUGCUAUUUUCUUGCUUUUGUUCUUGGUUUCUUCAUCUUAUUCUCUCUCUUUUCUUUAAUUCUUUGGGGUGCUAGUAAGCCACAAAAACCCAAGAUUACAAUGAAGAGUAUUAAAUUUGAGCAAUUUAGGAUCCAAGCCGGGUCUGAUUCAACGGGAGUGGCAACUGAUAUGAUCUCAGUGAACUCUACAGUGAAAAUGACCUAUCGUAACGAAGGAACAUUUUUCGGCGUCCGUGUAACAUCAACACCUCUUGAUCUUUCCUACUCUGAAAUCACUAUUGCAUCAGGAAAUAUCAAGAAGUUUUACCAAUCAAGGAAGAGCCAGAGACCCGUGGCAAUAUCUGUCAUCAGCAACAAAAUACCAUUGUACGGAAGUGGAGCUGGGCUGAGCAGUUCAACAGGGACAACCACAUUACCAGUGCCUCUAAAAAUGAACUUCGUCGUCAGAUCAAGAGCUUAUGUUUUGGGAAAGCUGGUUAAACCAAAAUUUAACAGGAAAAUUAAGUGUGAUUUUACUUUUGAUCCGAAGAAGCUCAAUGUCCCAAUUUCUCUCAAGAAGGCUUGCACAUAUGACUGAUGAUGAUCAGUCAACACGUGAAGAGGAAUUUCAUAUUUUUUUUAUUUAAUUUUAAAUCUUGAUCUAUUAUUGGCUUGUUUUUGCUGAGGAGAAGAAUCCAAGAAAGUGGAAAUGGAAAACAGCUCAAUGGGUAAGGUGGGCAAGGGGUGAGCGACGCGGAUUUGGACUCUUUUGGGUUUACCCAGCUGGCUAGAGAGUGAAAAGAAAACGUUGGCUGCGGCGAUGCCUUGUGAGCCACUUUCCAUUUGUGUUUUUCUUUUCCCCAGAUAUAUAUAAACAAGAAAUUAAUGUAAAAGUAAGUAGUGAUUCAUGUAUCAGUGCUACCUUUCGUGUAA